AUGGGAGAAGCACAUGAUACGAAUGGAACGAGUCCGGUGAAGGAGAUUGAGACACGGCUCUUCAUCAAUGGAGAGUUUGUCGAAUCUUCCCACGGCAAGACUUUCGAUUUAUACUCGCCCAAAACACUUGAAGUGGUAGCCAAAGUCUACGAAGCCUCAGAACAAGACACAGAUAGAGCUGUAGCAGCAGCCAAAGCAGCACAACCAGCAUGGGCAGCACUCAGUGUCGAAACCCGCUCUGGAUACUUCAAGAAACUCGCCGCUCUAGUCCGGGAACAUCACGAUGAACUUGCCCAUCUAGAAGCUCUCUCCAUGGGAAAGCCAGUCUCGACAUAUUUCGAUGCACACGCUUUUGCGGGAACCUUUGAUCACUAUUCGGAAGCUGGGUAUACGCCUCAGGGAAUUUCGAGUUUAAAUACACCUGGUUACAUCAAUUUAACGUUGAGGCAGCCGUAUGGUGUUGUUGCGGCGAUUAUCCCUUGGAAUGUUUCGUUGCUUUUCUUUGCUAAGAAGGUGGCUCCCGCUUUGGCUGUUGGUAAUACGGUUGUCUUGAAGAGCAGUGAGAAGGCUCCGUUGACUUCUGCUCGCGUUGCUCAUUUUGUCCAGGAGGCAGGCUUCCCUCCUGGAGUUAUCAAUGUCAUCACUGGAUUUGGUCAAGUUUCAGGCUCUGUUCUCAGCCAUCACAUGGAUGUGCGAGCACUUUCAUUCACAGGAUCGACCAGGACAGGACGCCAAAUUCAAGAGGCUUCUGCAAAAUCUAACCUGAAGGCCAUAUUCCUCGAACUCGGGGGAAAGUCUCCAGCCAUUGUGUUCGAAGACGCCGAUCUUGAAAAGGCUGCUACAGCUACACAAUUCUCUGUCCAGUCAAACAGCGGCCAAGUCUGCAUGGCAAACACACGAAUCUACAUCCAGGAGACAGUGGCCGACAAGUUCAUUAAGAUGUUCAAAGAAAAACUCGAGAAGGUAACGAUGGGAGACCCGACUUCACACGAGACGGACCAUGGACCACAAGCCGAUAAAACACAAUACGAGAAUGUACUUCGGUACCUCGAGAUCGGCAAGCAAGACGGGAAAUUGCUGAUGGGUGGACAAUCCCCAUCCGACCACUCCGGCUAUUUCGUCAGUCCCACAGUGUUCCUCGACACACCCGAAGACUCUCGAAUCAUGAGAGAAGAAGUCUUCGGCCCGGUGGUCUGCAUCAACACCUUCAAGACCGAAGAGGAAGUGAUGGCCAAAGCAAACAAUACCGAAUAUGGAUUAUAUGCCUCAGUCUUCACCAAGAACAUCGAUCGAGCGAUGCGAUUCGCGAAAGGACUUGAAGCUGGAACUGUGGGUGUGAAUUGUACCAGUCCCGAAACUGGAAGGGAUACACCGUUUGGUGGAUUCAAGGGCUCUGGGGUUGGCAGAGAGGGUUAUCAUCACUGUAUGAAUAACUUCCUGGAGACGAAGACGGUGCCCACAGUUCCUGGCCCAUGUAGAUAUUGCGCCCACAUUGGAGCAGAAUGUGGAGUAGCUCAACGUCCAAAGCAGAGACCGUAUUACCAUGUCUCCGAAGAAGAAUACCGCUGCUCAAUGCAAAUACUACAGCACUUCCUUCCUGAAGAAGAGCUGAAUCUAGUAACAUUGAGAGCAAUCGCAAAAGACAUCAAAAGCGGAAACAGCCCAAAACCAAUAUACAACUUCAAACCCGACAAAGCGGAGAGCGAACCCCUGGAAGGCACUGCAAGCAAUGAUUCAGAGCCAGAUACCGAAGAGAUUGGGGAUCUACACGAACAGCUGGGAUGUCUAAUGAGAGAUUCUUUGGGAGAGUAUCGCUAUGUCGGAGCAUACUCGGAAAUAGCAUUCAAUGCAGCAGUCUGCUCAAUAAAAGACCCACCAAGCCCCGAGCAAGAAGACCAAAAGAUCAUCCUCCCACCAAAAGACGACUUCCCUCCCGUGAAACCCGAGCGAGUAAGGCUUCUCGAAGAAGUUAGUUCACCAGAUCAGCCAUACCUCCCUCCACGAGAAUGCUGCGACUAUUAUGUUGCAAGGUUCUUUGAGGAGGUACAUUGCGUAUAUUGGUUGUAUCCCAUUGAAAAUUUUCAUGCGAGAUUGGAUGAUACGUAUAUCUGUGGAAGUAGUGCAGCAAGCAGUUCAUGGCUCUGCUCGUUAUAUGCUAUAUUUUCUCUUGGAUCUGCGUCUGGGAGGAAUGUGAAUAAUUACUCCCACGAUAAAACGGGGAGGGAUUUUGAUAUGAGGAGUUCCGAGGAUUAUCUUACGCUCGCUAAAGCUUUGGUUCCGUCUGUUCAUGACGAGGCGGAUAUUGACAGUAUUCGAGCACUUGCUAUCCUCAGCUUAGCCCUACUCACCUUUAAAUUCCGAAUCACUUCAUACCUCUAUAUGGGAACAGCAAUGCAAAUCGCCUUCUCUCUAGGACUCCAACACGACCAAUCCCCCACAACCCAAAGUCCCGUUUCCCGCCAGCAAAACCGCCGCAUAUGGUGGACCCUCUACAUCCUCGACCACGAAAUCGCCUCUCGCUGCGGCAGCCCCUGCGUCUCCGACGAGCGAAGCCUCCGCAUCGCUACCCCCUUACCAUCCGAACAAGUGCUAAACCCAGGGACCAACACGCCCCUCGGCAUCCUCUGCGAAUCCGUCUCCUUAAGCCGCUUAAAACGGACUAUCAUCCAAACAAUCUACCCCUCCUCUUCUUCUGAUUCCAGAAAAAUCUCCUUCUCAUCCGUCACGGCCCACGUAUCCUCCCUCCAGAGCUGGCAAGCGUCCAUGCCCUCACAUCUCAAAUGGGGCGUCCCAGUAGCGCCAACCCACCGCCGCAGCAUCGGGAUCCUGCACCUGAACUACUGGAACGCUAUGAUGCUCCUCACUCAACCGUUUCUCCUCUACCUCGUUCUACGUGGAAACACCAUCAAACACCCGAAGAAAUCGUGGUUCGAGAAACUAGGCGAGAUUUGCGUCGACGCGGCACGGAACGCGGGGAUCGUGUUGAAGGAAAUGAGAAGCGAGGGGAGUCUGAGUAGUUUGACGACGAUCGAUUGUACCCUGGUGAUUGCGAGGGAGGAGGUUGAUGGUGGUGGUAGCGGGAAGGGGAGAGCGAGGGAAGCGAGGGAGCUGAUUCAGGGCGUUGUGGAGGUUUUGGAAAGUAUGGAGCAGGUGGGGUUUGUGAAGAGUGUUGUGUGGGAGUUGCCGCAGAGGUUGGAGAGGUUGGGGAUUAAGAGGGAGGUGCAGGAUGAUAUGGCGGUGCAGGAGAGUGUGGGGCAGUCUUGGGCGGGCUUUGAUUCGUAA